GAGAACAAAUCAGUUUAAGAAAAUCCUAGAUCAAAUCAGACAUGAUAGUUUUCUUCCUCCUUUCAUUAUGUUUCCCCUAUUCUACAUCUAGAUCGUUCUAUGUCCAAGCACCGCCUCAUACAGUGAUCAAAAGACAGGCACUAGGCCCAGGAAAUAAUGUUCAAAUAACAAAAAUUGAUAUUUUGUCUGAGAUCCAAUACCGGUAUUCUAGAACCACUAUAGAGGCAUAUUUCAAGAACUAUGGACAGGAUGCAAAUAUAGCAGAGUUUAACACAAUUUUACCUGACACAGCCUUUAUUAGCAACUUCAGUUUGACCAUACAGGAUAUAGAAUAUGUUGCCGAGGUAAUGCCUAAAGAAGAAGCCAAGAAGACUUUUAACCAGCAAGUAAAAUCGGGCAGAGGAGCCGGGCUAGUUGAACAGGACUUCAGAGACAAAAAUGUUUUUGUUAUAUCGGCAAAUGUUGAAGCCAAUGGUAAAGUCCUGUUUCGUCUGACAUAUGAUGAGUUACUGGAACGGCGGCAAGGGUUUUAUGAGCAAGUGAUCAAUCUUAAGCCUGGUCAGAUUGUGGAUGAUUUUAAUAUAGUUGUUUACAUCAAUGAAUCACUGCCCAUCAAAUCACUGUCUGUCCCUGAAGUUAGAUCAAACGCAAUUGAACCAGCUAAUAACGCCUUGGCCAAGAUUACCAAAGAUAUUGAUGGCGAUUCUUCAAUCGCAAUAAUUGAAAUCAACUUAAGCAAAACUGAGCAAGCAGUGUUGGGAGAAAAUGGUAUCGGAAAAGACAUUAUUAUUAAAUAUGAUGUUGAGAGGAAGCAUAACAAUGAAGUUCAAGUUAUUGAUGGACAUUUUGUGCAUUUCUUUGCACCAGAAAAUCUGAAGGUACUACCUAAGCAUGUUGUCUUUGUGCUUGAUGUGAGUGGAUCAAUGGAAGGGGAAAAAAUGAAACAGCUCAAAGAUGCAAUGUUCACAAUCUUAGAUGAAAUGAGCGAAGAAGAUUCCUUUGAGAUUAUUACCUUUAGCACAACAGUUGCCCAUUGGAAUUCAGCAGAAAACUUUAGAUUUGGAGUUAUUCAUGCUUCUGGUGAAAAUAAAUUGAAAGCCAUUAAUCAUAUUCUACAGCUGACAGCUUCAGGGGGAACUAAUAUUGAUGGGGCUUUGGAAAAAGCAUUAGAGCUUUCUAAAUCCCUUAAGGAAAUCAAAACUUUAGGGUCAGAGGUGCAAACAAUGAUACUUUUUCUGACAGAUGGGCAACCAACGGUAGGACGAGCUGAUCAUCAAGAAAUUAAAGAGCAUAUCCGAACCCUUAAUCUAGAAAGUGGGAUUCCCAUUUUCACUCUAGCCUUUGGAUCCGAUGCAGACUUUAAUCUGAUGAUUAGUAUUGCAGAAGACUCAGGUUCCAGAGCUAAACAAAUUUAUGAAGGCUCAGAUGCUGCACUUCAGCUGGAAGGUUUUUAUAAAGAGAUUGCUAGUCCACUUCUUUCAGAUCUAGAGUUUGAAUAUGUUGGAGCUGCUGUGGAUGAGGACACUUUGACUGAUACCCAUCUGAAGACAUUCUUCAAGGGAUCUGAGUAUAUUGUAGCUGGCAAGAUUAUUCCAAAUGAGGGUAACUUCACCAUAAGCAUUAAUUGUAUUGGUCAAGACAGUGUCAACGAAGUACUUACUGUGCCUUCAACACCUACUGUUAGAUCAGAAGCACAACAUUUCUUACAGAAGCUUUAUGCAUUUCUUACAAUCAAGCAGCUGCUUUUGAAAGAGGAUGGCAAGACUAAAGCUUUACAGAUGUCAAUAGAGAACAAUUUUGUUACUAAAUUAACAUCUCUGAUAGUAGAAAAGGGAAACAACAACAAAGAAGAAGCCUUUAUUCUAGAUAAAAGACCUAAGAUUAGAAACUACAGCAGUGGAAUGACAACUCAAAGUAGGUCAGGAGUUUCCUGGAGAAAGCAACCUCAGUUUUUUGGAGGUCCAACAAAGGGAGGAUGGUCUCAUCACUCAUCAGGUUACUAUAAAGCUUCUGCUUUUGGAGUACCCCGUAGUGGAGGUUCCUCUUCUGGAGUACUCCGCAUGGGAGGUAGUCAAUAUCAAGAUUAUGAUUACUAUGGUGGUAGAAACACUCCUUUACCAACAACAACAUGUUUUGGGAAACUAACACUUUACUCCAAGACAUAUCGAAGAGGAGAAUCACAUGAAAUUACAGAUUCAUCUGAUAACCUAAACUCCUUCACCAACAAAGCUGUAUCUGCCCUGGUUGAUGGUAAUUGUUGCUGGAGGGUUUAUGCAAACAUUAAUCUGACUGGAGCCUCUCUACUACUCAGCCCUGGGCAGGAUUAUAAUAGUGUCACCAGUCUUCAUGCUCUCUUCAGGAAUAUCGAAUCUGUUCAGAGAGUUAUCUGUUGACUGUACAAUUCACUGUAGCUGUUUGGAGGUUGGUUUAGUAUACUUAGAAUGAAUCGGAAUGUACACUGUACAGUGCCACUGUUUGUGAUUCUUUUUUAUACAUGAAUAUUACCAUUUGCAGAUUGAAUUAAAAAUAAAUAUGAUGAAACUGUUUUUGUUGUUAAAUAAAAAGUAUAUGCCUG